GGGGGCGGAGAGCGCGAGGAGGAGGGAGGAGGCGUCUCCGUGCGGGAGCCCGGCUGACCGCGCCAGACCCAGACAGAGCCUCGCGGCUGUGGCUGCAACAGGCGGCGGGCUCGGCUCGGGGGCGGAGGCAGCGAAAGGGCGGGGAGCGCGAGGAGGAGCGACCCGGCCCCACCGCUGCCGCCUCUUCCCCGCCGCAUGGACGAGCACCUCAGCCUUCUGCGCUCGCCGCCGCCGCCCUCAGCCCGCCACCGCGCCCACCCUCCCCAGCGCCCAGCGAGCAGCGGCGGUGCCCACACGCUGGUGAACCCCGGCUACGCGGAGCCCGCCGCAGGCCCCGAGCUGCCGCCCGACAUGACCGUGGUGCCCGGGGACCACCUGCUGGAGCCGGAGGUGGCCGAUGGUGGAGGGGCCCCGCCUCAAGGCGGCUGUGGCGGCGGCGGCGGCGGCUGCGACCGCUACGAGCCGCUGCCGCCCUCACUGCCGGCCGCGGGCGAGCAGGACUGCUGCGGGGAGCGCGUGGUCAUCAACAUCUCCGGGCUGCGCUUCGAGACGCAGCUGAAGACCCUCUGCCAGUUCCCCGAGACGCUGCUGGGCGACCCCAAGCGGCGCAUGAGGUACUUCGACCCGCUCCGCAACGAGUACUUCUUCGACCGCAACCGGCCCAGCUUCGACGCCAUCCUCUACUACUAUCAGUCCGGGGGGCGCAUCCGCCGGCCGGUCAACGUGCCCAUCGACAUUUUCUCCGAGGAGAUCCGCUUCUACCAGCUGGGCGAGGAGGCCAUGGAGAAGUUCCGCGAGGACGAGGGCUUCCUGCGGGAGGAGGAGCGGCCCUUGCCCCGCCGCGACUUCCAGCGCCAGGUGUGGCUGCUCUUCGAGUACCCCGAGAGCUCCGGGCCUGCCCGGGGCAUCGCCAUCGUGUCCGUGCUGGUCAUCCUCAUCUCCAUUGUCAUCUUCUGCCUGGAGACGCUGCCGGAGUUCCGCGACGAGAAGGACUACCCCGCCUCGACGUCGCAGGACUCAUUCGAAGCAGCCGGUAACAGCACGUCGGGGGCCCCCGCAGGAGCCUCCAGCUUCUCCGAUCCCUUCUUCGUGGUGGAGACGCUGUGCAUCAUCUGGUUCUCCUUCGAGCUGCUGGUGCGGUUCUUCGCUUGUCCUAGCAAAGCCACCUUCUCGCGAAACAUCAUGAACCUGAUCGACAUUGUGGCCAUCAUCCCUUAUUUUAUCACUCUGGGUACCGAGCUGGCCGAACGACAGGGCAAUGGACAGCAGGCCAUGUCUCUGGCCAUCCUGAGGGUCAUCCGCCUGGUGAGGGUCUUCCGCAUCUUCAAGCUCUCGCGCCACUCCAAGGGGCUGCAGAUCCUCGGGCAAACGCUGAAGGCGUCCAUGCGGGAGUUGGGGUUGCUCAUCUUCUUCCUCUUUAUUGGGGUCAUCCUUUUCUCCAGCGCGGUCUACUUUGCCGAGGCAGACGACCCCACUUCAGGUUUCAGCAGCAUCCCGGAUGCCUUCUGGUGGGCAGUGGUAACCAUGACAACAGUGGGUUACGGCGAUAUGCACCCAGUGACCAUAGGGGGCAAGAUUGUGGGAUCUCUCUGUGCCAUCGCCGGUGUCUUGACCAUCGCAUUGCCAGUUCCUGUGAUUGUUUCCAACUUCAAUUACUUCUACCACCGGGAGACAGAAGGGGAAGAGCAAGCCCAGUACAUGCACGUGGGAAGUUGCCAGCACCUCUCCUCUUCAGCCGAGGAGCUCCGAAAAGCAAGAAGUAACUCGACUCUGAGUAAGUCGGAGUAUAUGGUGAUCGAAGAGGGGGGUAUGAACCAUAGCGCUUUCCCCCAGACCCCUUUCAAAACGGGCAAUUCCACUGCCACCUGCACCACGAACAAUAAUCCCAACUCUUGUGUCAACAUCAAAAAGAUAUUCACCGAUGUUUAAUAUGUGAUACAAGUGACAUGCUGUGCUCAGUAUUGUGUGGAACGUGCCCCCUUGGUCUGCCUAUGCCCUUGUUUUAUACAUUUCCAGACCAUUCAUCAAGGAAAGGACCUGAAGAAGUGGAAAGCACACUUCAUUCUCCCUCUCCCUGCUGCUUCAUACUGAAACAGGUGCCUGUUUUGCAAGUGGGCUGCAUUCUCUCAGCUCUCGUUUUCCUCCUUACCCUCUCUCUCUUAACAUUGUAAACAACAGACUUACAUUAAACUUCAUUUCUAGUACACGCCCUAUUUUAAAAAGAGCAGUACAUCCUGGGAGGAAAUGAAACUAAAGAACAGUUAGAGUAACUAACCUCAGAAUUUUAAAGGCAGUUGUUUCUUUCCUAAGCACAUCAAUUCGUAGUAAAUGAUGCUUCAGUUUGAUGGACCUUUCAACAUUAUUUAUUGAAUAUGUAUUUUGGUUGCCUACCCUGUAGAUAUGUGGAUGAAGAGUCUAACUAGAAUAAUGACUUGUAAACCCACCAUGAGUUAUUUGGUUUUUGACUGAAAUUCCUAUUUGAAUCCCCUUUCCCGGAAUUUAAGGGUCUCUACAACUUUGAAUAAAGGGAAAUGCCCAAGAUGUUCUGAUCUGA